CUUGCUGAAAGCUACACUUCUCUCUCACCUGGAGGAAUAAACCUAGAAAGUUCAAAAUGUGUGAUGCUUUUGUAGGUACCUGGAAACUUGUCUCCAGUGAGAACUUUGACGAUUACAUGAAAGAAGUGGGAGUGGGCUUUGCCACCAGGAAAGUGGCUGGCAUGGCCAAACCCAACAUGAUCAUCAGUGUGAAUGGGGAUGUGAUCACCAUUAAAUCAGAGAGCACCUUUAAAAACACCGAGAUUUCCUUCAAACUGGGCCAGGAAUUUGAUGAAGUCACCGCAGAUGACAGGAAAGUCAAGAGCAUCAUAACCCUAGAUGGUGGUGCCCUGGUCCAGGUGCAGAAGUGGGAUGGAAAAUCAACCACCAUAAAGAGAAAACGGGAGGAUGAUAAGCUGGUGGUGGAAUGCGUCAUGAAAGGAGUCACUUCCACCAGAAUUUAUGAAAGAGCAUAAACCCGGGGACACUGAGCUGGACUGAAGUUUGCAUUGAAUUCUACGACAUUCUGUUGGAAGUAUUGUUUAAACAGAUAUUGUUAUUUUUUGCUAAUUAUCAAGGAACUAAUUUUCCCCCAAGCUGAUUUUUUUGCCUGUGGUUGUGUUGAUUAAAUAAAAAUUUUUAGAU